CAGUGCAUUACAUUAGCUAUAAUGAUUUUAGAAGCAUUUGUUGUACUGAUUCGCCAAACAUCUCAUUUUCGAGUGACACGAGCUCUACGACCAAUAUUUUUAGUUGAUAGCCAUUAUCUUGGAGGAGUUCGACGAUUUAUCAGACAAAUUUUACAAUCGUUACCACCAAUAUUUGAUAUGUUACUUCUAAUAUUUUUUUUCGUUACUGUAUAUUCGGUUCUAGGAUAUUAUUUAUUUGAAAGUUGUACCGAUUUACAUAAUCAUUUUGACACAUUAUUCAACAGCUUUGUUAAUAUGUUUGUUUUACUAACUACAGCCAAUUUUCCUGAUAUAAUGAUGCCAGCUUAUUCUAAAUCUAAAUGGUAUUCACUAUUCUUCAUAUCAUAUUUAUGCAUAGUAUUAUAUCUUCUUAUGAACUUAAUGUUGGCUGUUGUAUAUGAAACAUUCACUAGUAUUGAAAGAGAUAAAUUUCGAAAACUACUUUUACAUAAACGUCAAGCAUGCCAAAAUGCUUUUAAAUUAUUGUUAACUAAAGAAAAUCCCAAUCAAAUGGAAUUUCCUCAAUUUGAAGGAUUGAUAAGAUAUUAUUCUCCUAAAAAAA